GUUCCAUAGCGCGUCACAUGAUUUGAGUCUUGUGACAAUCCAGACAGAAAGGGAAAACGAAUUCUGAGUUUACAACUGUUUCUUGGGCGCUAGUGAUUGGAGAGGUUCUUUUGACAAGAAAGCACAUAAUGAGGUGAUAAGAUCGCGAUAUUUUAGACGUUUCCCUGAUUUUUUAUAAGCAUCCUCCCUUUCGACUGAACAGUCCGCUAGUGUUUCGGGUGGUGCAGUCGGUGACAAAGUUGGCACAUGGAGAGAGGCGAUAACUUUAAUUUUUGCGCGUCGUGUUUUCUUAGUUUUUUUGUACACUUCCGUGCCUGCGAAAGUCGUAUGACUCGAGGCAACACCGUCUAAGUAAAUCCAAUUUGUGUGGGAAGAAGAGGGCCAGCCAAGUCAAAGAAAGAGGAAGAUAACUUGAGUACGCAACAGAUAUGGACAGCAAACCUCUUCUCCAAGACCGUCCUCCCGCUUAUGCUAACGUCGUCCCGGGGGCGUAUGAAUAUGGCCAGCAGCACAAUUAUGGAGCUAUCCCCGCCCCAACCCCUGUACCCCCGGGCUUUCAACAGCCGCCGCCGUAUCAGUACCCCACUGGCCCAGGGUUCCAAGAAGGCCCCAGUGCUCAGAUGGGCCCAGCCAUAGCCCAGCAGCCCUACCCAGGCACAUACACCAUCAUCCAGCCCUCCGUGGUGGUGGUGGGGGGCUGCCCGGCCUGCAGAGUGGGCGUGCUGGAGGAUGACUUCACCUGUUUGGGAAUCAUGUGUGCCAUCUUCUUCUUCCCCCUGGGGAUCCUCUUCUGCCUGGCGCUGCGCCAGAGGAGAUGUCCCAACUGUGGCGCCACCUUCGGGUAGAAGGACCAAACUGUAGCUAGCUCAUCCUCUCACAGCCAAGCUGGAUCUUUUAAACUUUGUUGUUUAUAAUUAUUACACACUGAUGAUGCCAUGUCUUUUCUUACAACGAUUAAGGAUUAAGUAGUCGCCACAAUGAACUUAUAGCCAGCCAUUAAUUAUGAUAAUAUGAUAGAGGUGCAUGUGAAAAUCUAAAUGUGUACAUGCUAGGAUAGAUGAUUUAGGAGUAUUAUCUAGUGAAGAAGCCUGAUCUUUGUCUAUCUACUGCUGGUGCCUUUAUUACGCUAUAGAGCAGAAAACACACCAGGGGCCAUAUUCCACAAAGCCUAUCAGAAAAGGUCCUAGGAUCCUGUCUAAGACAAAAACAACUCCCAGCUCAGAGUAGAUUUUAGGAUGACAAUACACUGCUCAGACAAACUCUGAGCCAGGAGUAAAAUCAACUCAUAAAAGUUUCUCAGUUGGUAAUCACGACAGUUUGAGGUACCGCAAAAGAAGGAUAGUGAUGACAUCAUUGACAUUGUUGCAAAUGAUGAGGAAUAAGCAAUCACGACGAGGCACUGACAGCUGUAUAGCACGCUUCAGAAAACUACGGUGAAUGUGACUGUACAUCAGAUGUUGCAAUGGUAAAACGUUUGAUAUAAUUUGCCUGACACAAUCACUUUAAAUGUUUCCUAAUAUGUUGGUAAUAAUUAUUGUGUAAUAUUUUUGGGACCAUUUCUGAUAUUUUGAAUAAUGUGAUAGGCAUAUUGAAUCACAGUGUUUCACAGCUGUUAAAAGCUGAAUGUUGAUAGAUAUUAACGUUAUUUCAGCACACUCCUGUUCAAAAACUCAAAAUAGCUUUGGCACACUAGGCAUCAAGUCACUUGCCGAUAAUGUUGCAUAAAGUGUUUCAAAAAGGUCUAUAAUUUUUACCAAACAGAAUCAAAGUUAACAGGCUGUAGAUGCUUUCAAUUGCCCAACCCAUAGGCAUGCCCAAUUUAGGCAUCUUGUUUAACAGCGUGAUAUUGUGCUCCAAAGGGCUAACUUCAAAUGACAUGAUGUAGGUUAAUGAAAUAAUUGAAAGAAAAAUGUGUGAUUUGUUUAUUAGCCUAGUGGUUAUAAGUAUUUAGGCAUGGGCUAUCAUGUGAAUUAAGCCUUGUGAAAUCAUUGUCAAAAGCGCAAGAUACAAGGUCUAGAUUAUUUAUGGGGCGAUCAUAUAGAACUAUCAAACUCCAAAGCAAUUGCCUGUCAAUGGCCACUGCCUUUUUCUAUUACCAAGACACCUGUUGGUAACUCUUAACUGGUUAGGACAGCUCAUGAGGUCUCCUAAAUAUCUGUUGACUAGGUGGGGGACUAUUAGGACUAGAGGCUUCAUGCAUAGCUUUUAUGUUGACCCAUAAGAGUAGGAGUAAAAUGUCUCUAUUCUCAGCACUUACCACCAAAUGUUUUACUCUGAGACGCUUUGUGGAUACGGCCCAGGGUAGGAGUACUGAUCUAGGAUCACGUCCUCCCUGUCGACAUAAACCUUGUGCAUUAUGAUUUAAAAGCCAAACUGAUCCUAGAUUGGCAUUCCUACACUGAGGAUCUUUGUGAAUACAGGCCCAGAAUGGGAUUGUGAUCAUAAUGUGGCUCAAGACGUGGAUCAAUAACGAAUGAUUUACUUGAUAGAAUUCCUUUGUUUUGUCAUGUUCAAUCGAACGGAGGCACAAGUAGAUUUUGUGCUCAAUGUUAAAUUCCAAUUGCGCCACAACUGGGUAUUGUUCAGUUCUGCCACUCCUGAAGCGACUUUUGUUUCAUUUAGUCACAUUUUAGGAUUAAUUAUGUAUAAAAUAGACUCGUUGCGUUGGGAAAUGUAUCGUCACUGUACCGGUAUAGGACUAUAAGGAAACGACCGAUCGAGCGAACGCCACUUUAAGCAACCCUUUUGAACCUCUUUGUUUUGAAGCCUUUGUAAAUGCUGCCCACACUCAGUCUGGGCCUGUGUCGCAGAGAAUAGCUUCUCCCAGCUUGACUCUGGCAGGGGGAGGGUUUUAAAUGUAACGCUGAGACAUCAGCUGUCCCUAAGCGAGACAUUGAACAUUUGUCUGAAAAUUCUGGGGCCAUGUCAUAUUUGCACUGCAUUGACCAUUGAUUUUUAUUGGGUAUGAUUCAGAUAGAUUGCUUUUAUAUAGGUCUGCAGACCUCAGAGUUUCUUAUUGGACAAGACCAGGUAGUUCCUCCCUGUUUCAGUCCAUUUUCUACCAUUUGCUGCCUAAUGAACAGGGAUCUCUGUUCCAAUAUCCUUUAAUGUCACACUAUAGCAUACCACUUAGAACGUACAUUUUUAUUGGGCAUGCAUUCUAAGUAGCAUGGAUAUUCGGACAGGUUGAAGCGCCCUACACAGGCUCUGCAGGAGUUCACCCAGGUCAAGUCAGGCACCACGUCUUUGACCUACAACCAAGCAGACUCAGCCGAGGGAGGGAGGGAGGGAGGGAGGGAAAGCAAAGCAUGCAGCGAGUUUUUGCAUAAUACGAGCAGGUUGACGUGUAAUCUCUGGAUAAUGUGUAGCUAUCUUAGUAUUCUUCUCAGUGACAACUCAGCCCUCUGCGAUCCUCCCUGCAAUGGACAAUCAACCAAGAAUGUCUAUCCCAUCCGUAGGGUAUUGUUACUGUCUAUGUCCAAUUGGUCCAUGUCAUGUAAUAAAAUUGUAUUAUAUAUUGGGGGGGGCGUGUAUUUUAAAUUGAUUUGCUUUGAAACACUACGCACGCUGUCAUGAUGGAGGUCCUUAUUUUUUUAUAAAAGAGAGUUAUUGUAAAUAAAGAAACAUGAGUGCGG